GCGCCAAUUCAAUGGCAGCGGCGGCGGCAGUGGUGACGCCCAGACAGCUUUCACGGCUGGAGCGAGUUGCGCUGGAGAUCGUAGAGACGGAACAAGCCUACGUCAGAGAUCUGAAGAGCAUCGUGGAGGAUUAUCUCGGCUGUAUCAUCGACUGCGGCACUCUGCCCCUGAAACCGGAGCAGGUCAGCACUCUGUUCUGCAACAUAGAGGACAUCUACGAGUUUAACAGUGACCUCCUGGAGGAUUUAGAGAGGAGUCCUCACGCCGCCGCCAUCGCAGAGUGCUUCGUAGAAAGGAGCGAAGCCUUCGACAUCUACACUCUGUACUGCAUGAACUACCCAAAUUCGGUAGCCGUGCUGAGGGAAUGCAUGAAGAACAAAAGUCUGGUUCGAUUCUUCCAGGAGAGACAGACGACUCUGAACCACUCCUUACCCCUGGAGACGUACCUGCUCAAACCAGUGCAGAGGAUCCUCAAAUACCACCUGCUACUACAGGAACUUUCUAAGCACUUUGACAAGAACGACCCCGGAUAUGAGGUUGUUGAGGACGCCAUCAUCACCAUGACGGCAGUCGCCUGGUACAUCAACGACAUGAAGAGGAAACAGGAACACGCAGUUCGACUGCAGGAAAUUGAGUCCCUGCUGGUGAACUGGAGUGGGCCGGAUCUCAGCGGGUUUGGAGAGCUGGUUCUGGAAGGUUCCUUCAAGGUCCAGAGAGUGAAGAAGGAGAGAGCCUUCUUCCUGUUUGAUAAGAUGCUGCUCAUUGCCAAGAAGAGGCUGGAACAGUUCGUCUACAGCACGCACAUAUUUUGUUGCAACCUGCUGCUGGUUGAGACGUUGAAGGAUCCUCUUUGUUUCAGAGUGUCCGAUCAGACGAUUCCCAAACAGCAGCACAUCGUCCAGACAAAGAACCAGGAGGAAAAGAGACUGUGGGUGCACUACCUCAAGAGACUGAUCGUAGAAAACCAUCCUGCGUCACUCCCACAGAAGGCAAGGCAAGUCCUGGGAGACAACUUCUGUCAGUCUCCUCAGUUCGAUCAGGACAAGAAGUCCUCCACGCUGUCACGACUGGACGACAUCCACGGCUAUCACAGAGGCCGACGUCAGUCAGAGCCUCCAGAAGUGUUGAUGUACACACCUGAGAAGUCCAGGAAGAGUUUGCCGUUACUGCUGGAGGGAAACCUGCCAUACAGACGCACCAGGAGACAGUCGGCUCCGGCGAAAGACAUCGAAGCAGCGUUUCAUCCCAACGCUUUGAAGCAGGCGGACAGCGAAGGCGAGCUGUGCCAGGCGGACAGUCUGGGCUCAGCAGGAAGCAGCAGUACGCUCGCAUCCUCCGUCAUCGAGGUGGAGGCCGAGAGGCCCGAACCAGGACUGACGCCACAGCUUCGAACGAACCACGAGGAAGAGGAGGAUGAAGAAGAAGAGCUGACCCCUCUCAGCCCUCCUCCCACCCUGUCCAUCACAGAGGAGAUCCUGGAGUUCAUCAACCAGAGCCGAGCAAGGGAGGGACUCACGGCCAUUCACACCGACACAACGGAGAAGGUCUUCGAUCACCCCAAAGAAAGUCUGACUCCAUCUAAUCAGACCAACUUCACCUGCCCACUGCCCCCAGUCGCCUCACCCUCCAGCCCAGAGCAAGGACCCACAAUACAACAGGAGCAGGAUCGAGCAGAUAUGGAGAACGACAGCAGCCUCCAAAGUCAGACCGGUGGUUCUGGUGAUGAAACUGGACGUGAAGAUGAGACAUGUACAAAUGCAGUAACUCCGGAUGCAACAAGUCAAGUGGAAAUGGAAGUGGAAGAAGAUGGAGAGAUGCAAGAAGAAGUCGUAGAAAAAGAGAUGGAAGCAAAGAAUGAAGAAGAGGAAGUGAGCAUAAUAACUUCUCCAACGUCAGAUCCUAACCCCGUCAUCCCAGCUGAGGAAGCAGGAGAUAACUUGGCUAUGAAAGAGGCAAACACAGAGGCCACCACUUCCUCCCAAAAUCCAGACCUCCUUCACCCGAUCCAGACACGUCAACUACCCACAAGAAGCUCCCACCUCACCAAACGCGACAAGAAGAUCAUUGAAAAAAUCAGGAGUUAUUACGAAGCAGCAGCCGAGGCUGAAGAGGACGAAGCGGAGGAGGAAGAUGAACAGGAAGAAGGAGGACCAUCGAGACGGAGAAACAGUUUCUCACAAAUCCCGUCCGGUCUGGUGAAGGAGUCGGUGUCACGCUUUGAUGUGGGUGGACACCAGGGGGAACCAGAGGGUGAACAAUCCAAGUAUGAAACAACUGACGUGAUCAAUCAGUGUUCCUCAGCUGGUCAUACCUCCUCUCCUACGCCAAUCUCACCACAUUCAGAGAGUGAUGGACAGGUAAAUAAACCAACCAGCUCCCUGGAAUUUGAUACCGAGACCACAAUAACGUCACCAAUCUCUAACGUCGUGCUUGACAAGGAGACUCCAAACCAAGAGGAUCUGAAUCUGCAGUCAAACCCCAACAGGGCUGUUGGCAAAGAAGCUGAGAUAGAAGAUGAAAAUGUAAAUGUCUGCAGAGGACCAUUAGAGGAAGCACCAGAGGAAAUGCAAGAGGAGGAGCCAAAUGUUGUGGCUACAGAGGGACAAUCUAUUACCAAAACCGCUGUUGGAAACCAAGAUGCUGUGGUUGGGCAUGAACCUAACCAAGCAGAACCAAAUGAAAGCCACAAGGAACCUUUGAGAGACGCUCUGCCACCUGCAGAACAAUGUCAAAAACCUGAGACCAGAACACACUCCUCUUGGACUAGAACCAAGCACAAAGACCUGGCUAAGACCAGCAGGAACCUUGAGAGUUUUCCCAGUCAGAUAAAAGUAGGUCGGUGGUCCCAUCAAUCCAGAAUUGUCACUGCGAACCGGGCCUUGUUUGAGGGCAUGGGAUCGGACGUAGCCGGUAUUGGGUUAUUUGAGUCCAGCCCUGUAGUAGACUCCAUGUUGAUGGAAAACUCAGAGCGUAUUCUGAGCAAGGUCCAAACAUUGGCCCAAAUGUACAGUGCUAAAUCCAGCACCAUGAAGGUCCCUCUACAUCAGAAACGGGCCAGCGCCAUAAAGAACCCAUCAUGGGGCUCGGGUAGACUGUUUGGACUCUCAACCCAAACUCAAAGUCAGACACAGACUCAAACUGAGUACCAACAGCAAAAUCUCUCAGAAACCAAACAAAAGACUCACUCAGAGCCCAAAGUUCAGAGCCAAACCAUAACACAAACCAAGCAGCAAUCACAGAUCCAAACUAAAAGUCCCAUGUGGAGUCAGACCAAGAUUUACAGCCAAUACCAGACCCAAACCGUGAGCCAGGAGGACCAAACCAUCCAGGAGGAGACGGUGAUAAAGAGAGCAGCGAGCCUGACAAACGAUUUACAGGAGACAGUUGUGGCCCCUUGUGAACCUCUGCUGUUUGGUCAUGUCCUGGUCAAAGAGACCCCAGCUUGUCAUCACCAGACAAAUGGAUUCACCCUCUCCAGGCCCAGAGACUUCAUAUCUGCCUUGACCAAAGAAAAAGACUCCAACAGUGGUUGUAUAUCAGCUGAGAACUCCCAGACUUCCAGCACGUCUGGGGAAAAUGCAUCCACCCAGGCUAGCAGCUACAACAGCGGGUUCAUCUCCACUGACACAUCCAGGCCUCACCUCCGAACACAAACUGAAGAUCAGAGCUCCAGUAUGUGCUGCUCUGCCAGCAACAACCCCCUGACGUCAACCAUGACCUUGGAUGACAGAGUCACCGAGUUCAAAGACUACAGCUCAACUUCUUCCACAAGAAAAGAUGAAGCCUCCGAUGAAAACGGGAAGAUAUGUUCAGAUACCAAUGGCACCACGAAAAGAGAAGGGUCCGUGCUGAGUGGUGGCUGCCCAGUGGAUUCAGUCAUAGACUUGACAUCUGUAAACAUUAUUACUCAGCCAGCACACUCAAAGCUAAACCUCUCUGCUCAACGACAACAGGACGGAGAUGAGCAAGACUUUCCAGAUGCACAAGAUAAACAUGACUAUAAAACUUCUACAGGACUGAGACUAACCAAAGACGUGCAGAGCGCUCAUGCACUGCCUGAAUACGUGGUUUGCACAGGACCCGUGGAUGGAGAGCCAUCCCCAGGAGAUCUGGUACUGAUGGUAGCUCCAACAGAGGACUACAGAUCCACAAUGCCCCAUGGGGGAGGUGCUACAACCCAAAAGAAAGAUGGGCGCCCAACUGAGGAGAUGAAUGAAUCUCCAUCACAGCCCAAGAUGAUUGUCCAAGGUUCAAAGGUGAUCUUUACAGAAGAACCAACUUAUUACAGCGCCUCAAGAGAGCCGGGUCACCCUUCACACAUGACCUUUGACCCCUCACAAGUUUCUACUCGUACAGUUGCAGAAACUCCAGAAGAUCACAAAGCAAGAGGUCUGCGGUCAUCGGUUCAAACCUCUGAACCAAAUCUAACCCAACCAUGCCCUCCAUUGGUGCAGUCUGACUUUUUACCAACAUUCACCAGCCAGAGGCCGCCAGACCUACCCACUGCGACGGGUAGACAGGCUCUGAAUGUCAGUGACACCUCUCCAUACGAACACAGGUUUUCAGACCAGCAGGGCUCAGGACCCCCCGCCACCCUGUCCACAGCCAGCCUUCCAUCAGGCAGUCGGCCAUCUUCAGGACCGUCCUUGGAGACACCUAACCCAGCCAUCACUACCCCUGACCAGUACAAAGACCUCACGACGGCUCCAUCAGCCUUCAAACAGAGCCUCAGACACUGCUCCCCUUCCCCUGUUAGAGUUCUCCCUUCCCCCUCCUCCUCCUCUGUCCAAGCACCUCCUUGCUCCUCACCAUUCAGGAUUAUUCCAGCAACUCCUCCCACCCUUGGAUCUGGUGAAGAUACCUCCCUGAACCUGAACUCCAGGACUCUUCCCUGUUUUUCUCCCACACCUUCUUCUAGUAGUGGUUCAUCAGUGCAGUCACCCCCUGCUCUCUCUCCAACACCCUCAUCUGCGUUCACUCCUUCUUCUGGGAGAUCUUCAUCUAUAAGAGCAGGUCCUCCUUCCUCGCCUACUCCGCCGUCUUCUCUACGUUCUCCUCCAUGCUCCUCCGCUAUCGCUUCCUCCUCUGCAUUCACCAAAUCCUUAGCUGCCUCCUGUAUUAGCCAGUCCAUCAGUCAGAGUAUGGCGAGAAAGAACACUGUCCCGCAACAAGCCGCACCUAUAAACCAAAGCCCAUGUUCGCACCUACGACGGCGCUCGCCUUCACCAAAGCUCCUACCAACUCAACAGGGCUCUAGCACGCCUGCAUAUGCCCAGCUAGGGUGUAGUAAAGAUGGGUACCAAUAUCCAAGGUGUACCCCGUCUUCUCCCAGGUCCUCUUGCUCUUCUCCAAGCCUUUUCCAACGUUCCCCUUCCCCAUCUAUGAGUCCGGCCCAUCAUCAACCUCCCCACUCUUCUUCCCCAUCACCUCGGCCUUCGUUCCUUCACUCAUCCCAGAAUACAAACAACAACAACAACAGCAGCAUUAACCGAGCCAUCAGUAAUGGUGGUUGGUCAGUGAGUCCACAGAAGGCUCCACUAGCUAACGGUAGCGCAAAUGCAACAAUAAUGCAACAAACCCAUGAUCCUCUCUGGUUGGGGUCACACAACCGUGUAGCUCGACCCUUUUCUGCCUCCGAACCCAGCUCACGAGUCCAGUCCCCAUCUCCCUCUCCAUCCCCUGCCUCAUUUACUCGUCUGUGCUCUCCACCUCCUCCUCAACAUAACUACUCCUCCCCCAUGGCGAACAAACCUCCUCACCCCCGGAGCACACGGGUAGGAAGUGCAAGUCACCACAACCCACUAGGACUCACUUUGGAGCUACCUAGGAUGGCAUUCGGGCAGUCUUCCUCAUGUCUGAGCCCUCGGAUCCUCUCGCCACCUCCUAUUGGCGUGUCUGUGAAUGUUUUGACCAACAAUGUUGCGACACCUCAACCUAGAAACCCCAGAUAUGCUUCGUCCUCUCCUUCUCCUUCCUUUUCUUCCUCUUUAGGCUCACCAACAAUGGAGAAUGCCACUUUCCCCACUUUCUCUUCUACUUUGAUGUCACAGCAUAGUUCCAGAGCAUCCUCACCUUCUGCAUCCCAAACAACCCUUCGGAGGUCGGUCUCCUCCAGCCUGGCAGACACGCCUCCAAGUCCAGCUCGAAGCAACACAAGUGGACUGCGCCGUUCUUGGGCGGACAGCAGCCGGAGAUCCCUUGGUGGUUUCGGUGGUAGUGGCCGAGGGUCCUUUGACCAGCAUGAGUCCUGUCCAACUAGUCCAAGGAGUGGAUGGUCCUCAUACGGUAGCUCCCCAUCAUGUCUCAGCCCUCGAGCUGGGCUUCAAUCCCCGCUCUCACCUGGCAGGCUGACCCCAGGGAAGGGCACCCAUGGGGGGCAACAUUUCACCAGUGUGCCUUGGCCAGACGUACGAGAGCUUUCGAGCAAAUAUAAUGGAACUGAUAGCCUUGAUACAAGUGCUACUUCCACCGCCUUCCUCUCUUCUCCUGUCCCACCAAACAGCCAGACAGAAUGGAGAGACCCAGAGCUAGAAGAGGGUAACUGUCGUAGUCAACUCAUCUGUGCCUAUGUUGCCCGGCCGUCCAGUGAACAAAACCUCUCCACCUCCUGUAUGGUUCUUUCCUCCUCAGACAUGACCUCCCCUCCACUUGCCCCCUACCAGCAACACAAUUUCCAAUUCCAACUUAAACCACAGCCUCAGGUCCAAGUCGCUACCACAACAUCUCCAACACCUUCAAUCCCUUCCACCUUGACACCAUGCGCAUCACCACUACCCUUUGCCCAUUCGUCUCCUACCAAACAGGGGAACCAGAAGACCAGUUACGCUACCACAGUCAAUCUCCAGAUCGCAGGAAGUGGCCGAAUAACUUCCUUUAGCACUGCCCAAGUCAGCCUGACCCAAACCCUGCAAGGUGGAGCCGGAGCUGGAGGACCAGGACAGGGGCAGGUGACACGAAGAGUGAGCAUCAACGGACUUUCUCACCUUCCCUCACCUCUUCCUCAGAACUGAAACAGGCUACGACAAAAAAGGGCCAAAAGAAAAGGAAGGCACUCAAGAAGACUUGUGCCCAACACCACCGAGAACACCUAGAAGGUGCUGGUUUCUAGUCUGGUCGUGAACUGUGAUCCCCCCUCACACCACGAGUCCACCAUGCUGAAAAUGAUCUCAAAGCAUGGGCUACUUCAACUUGGAAAUAAGGUUUCAUCUGAGGACAUAAUGAAUGUUGUCAAUCCGUUUCAACACUGAUUUUAAGGCAUUCCUCGUAACAUGACGGGAUGUAUUUGGGGUCAGAUGUGAUGGAGACUAUAACGUAAAUCUUGGUGGCUUUUGAAAAAGCAUACCUACCUGCACAUGGCUCUUAUUUUAAUCUGGGCUAAUGACUUUGAACAGAUGCUUUAAAGAUCCUAAUAUUGUAAAAAGUAAAAAAAAUAAAAUAUGGUGACUCCUUUAGCUGUGAUCUUGCUGGAUGAAUCCCCAAAAAACCCUGAAUGUCCACAAGGUGGAUUGGAUGAAUUCGUAAAGGUGGCGAUCUUAAAAUUUGGUCUGAAGUCUGUUCCAGCUCUGGACUCUUUCUUGAGGAUGUGACGACAUCUUGGAGGAACAUUUUAGACGGUUAAUUCAGGAACUUUUGGCAUUUAUUGAGCUGGAUUACAUCCAUAUGUGCCAAUCCUGCAAACAUCCAACCAGUGCUGUAUGCAAUCACAGUUAGUUCAUGUGCUUUUUGUAAUUUUGUUAUUUUUUUUAAAUAUUCUGUCGAUGUCGGGCUCUCUGGGGCCAGUCUUUGCGGUUGGUGAUUAAUUAUUAAUAAUCUUUUUUGUAACCAUUUUAUUAUUAUUCGUUUUUAUUAUUUUAUUGUUUAUUUAUGAAGUUAGUCUUAUUCUCUUUGGCACUUAUUAUCCUUUAAAAUAAUGUUGGUGUUUUGCACAGUGUCCUCAUCAUUUGUGUGAGUGUGUGUGAGUGUAUUUGUGUGUUUGUAAAAUGACGUGUCUGUCAAGUUUUUCUUUAAACUUCAGACCAAGCCGAUAUCUGCGUGUUUUUUACAGUUUGCUCUCAUAUUGAUGUACUCGGUUGGUUCAUUGAUUCACGCUCUGUAUCUUGAUAUUCACUGAAAUUCUUUUGGCAACAACACAGGUGACAGUAUCGCCUCGUUCGUAUCUUAACGCUCAGUGAUUACCCCCCAAUGCAUGAGGCUUCCACCGGACACGUCACGACUGCAACACUGCUUUCAAACCCCAGCAGCGUUUUUCUCUCCAGACUUUGUCAACUUGCAUUCACUUCAUUUUUUUUGGUCUAUGUGCUUCUAAAUAUGUUAAAUUCGGUCUCUUUUGAGGUUUGCACAUGGUGUUUUACUUUGAAAAUCAACUUCCUGUCAGUGCGAGCUGCUCUGUGUAGAUUGAUGUGGGGUGCUCGCGAUGUCCAUUGACAGUAAAAAGAAUGAACAGUGUAAAUGACGUGUUGCAAUUCAACAUUGAAUUGAACAUUCAACAUUUGUGUUUCCUAUUGAAAGGAAACACAAACAAGUCGCAGAUUUUAAACCAGUUUAGAAAUUUUAUUUUGAAAAUCCAAUUUUAUGGAUUUUUUUUUUAAGUGUGAUUCUUAUUUUUUAUUUUUUUAAAUUUCCAGUCCUUUCAAAAUAAAUAAAUAAAUAAAUAAUGCUGUAAAAUUGAUUGUAAACGUGUCACAAAACAAGAGAGGUGUAUGGACGCUGGUGAAAAGGGAAAUAUUAAUGAAAAUCUUCAUCCAGUAGAGACGGAAAAUAAAAGUAUGUGGUGCAAAAAUCUAAA